AUGAACGUUUCAUACAACUCUGCCCUGCGGCAGAGCAAAGCCAUCCGCAAUGAGCUGUCAACCUUGACAGCCAAGCAGACGCCCACGCCAGCCGAGAUUGGCAAUAUCUCCGCGUCACUGGCCACCUUCACGAAGACGAUCGACGAGUACAAUGCCCUGGCACGACAGGAGAUUGUCCCCAAGAAGCAGGACGAGGCGCACGAGCGCAUCCGGCGGUUUCGCGAGGACUUGACGACGUUCCGAUCGGAUGUGGACGCCCUGAAAAAGGUCCGCGACGACGUGCAAUACCAGACAAACCGCACCAACCAGGCUCUCGACGAUUACAUUGCGCGCGGUCAGGCUGUACUGGGCGAUCUGGGACAGCAGCGCGAGAUGCUCAAGUCGACGCAGAAGCGACUGUACAGUGUAGCCAACACGCUGGGGGUCAGCAGUGACACUAUUCGUAUGGUGGAGAGGCGUGCGAGAGAGGACAAGUGGAUCUUUGCUGCCGGCGUGAUUGUCUUCAUCCUGUUUUGCUGGCUGGUUCUUCACUAUCUGCGGUGA